CCCUUUCCAGGGUGCAUCUGCUCUGAUGGUUCAGUCUAAGCCAUGGAGUCAGGAAACUACAGCUGCGGGACAGACUUCAGCUUGGUUGGCCUUUUCCAGUAUGGACACAUGGACACCUUCCUCUUCACAGUCAUCUCCAUAAUCUUUGCAGUGGCUCUCAUAGGCAACAUCACACUGGUCCUCCUCAUCAGGCUGGACCGAAGACUCCACACCCCCAUGUACUUCUUCCUCAGCCAGCUCUCCAUCAUCGACAUGAUGUACAUCUCUACCACUGUGCCCAAGAUGGCAGCUAACUUCCUCUCAGAUACCAAGGCCAUUUCCUUUCUGGGCUGUGCAGUCCAAACCUUUGUGUUUCUGACCCUGGGUGGGUCUGAAGCCCUCCUGCUGGGCUUCAUGUCCUAUGACAGGUAUAUAGCCAUCUGUCGACCCUUGCACUACCCUGUGCUCAUGAGUAGGAAGAUCUGCUGCUCCAUGGUCGCCGGUGCCUGGAGCAGCAGCUCCAUCAAUGCAUUCAUGCACACAGUGUAUGUGUUUCAACUUCCAUUCUGUGGUUCUAGGAUGGUUAACCACUUUUUCUGUGAGGUUCCAUCUCUCCUGCCACUGGUGUGUGAAGACACAUCCCAGUAUGAGCAUACAGUCCUCGUGAGUGGACUUGUCAUUCUGCUGCUCCCCUUCCUGGCCAUCCUAGCUUCCUAUGCUCGGGUCUUGGUUGUUGUACUCCAGAUGGGUUCAGGGAAGGGACAGAGUAGAGCUNUGUCCACCUGCUCCUCACACCUGACUGUGGCCAGCCUGUUCUAUGUCACCACUCUCUCCACCUACACCCAGCCACACACCUUGCAUUCUCCUGGAAGGGACAAAGUGGUGGCUGUUCUCUACUCAAUUGUCACCCCUGUUCUGAACCCAUUCAUCUACAGCCUGAGGAACAAGGAGGUCAUGGGGGCACUGAGGAGACAAAGGGGGUGAUGGAGAUUUACAUGGGACUUUGGUUCAACCUGUGGACUGAUAUGGAGGCUGGUCUUG